GUGUAAAAUUUGUAGAACGGUGGAAAGUUUAUUGGGAAGGACAAUUUCCCUCCUUUAACCUUCCUUCCCCGUAGUCUCAUCCCUUCCAGAAAACAGAGGGUAAAUGGAAAAGAUGGCAAAGUCGCCGCCUUUGGACUCUUUCCAACCCACAAAUUCCUAUCAUUGAGACCUGCAGCGGACUGUUUGAUUGCCGGGAAUAGGUGGGUGCGCGCGCAGCGUAACUGCGACGGAAAGCAAACUUAAAAGUUUGAGAUUGGACGGCUAUUCCCUCUCUGACGUCUUCCCGCGAAACCGAACGGAGUAACGGUAUACCCAAAAAAGGUUGGAGCAGGAAACUCCUCUGUCCUCUCAGUUUUCUUCUUUGUCGAUACUUCCACCAAACACAUGGCUGUUCUCUGUGGAUAAUAUAUUUGUAUUCACUGCACUCUUUUCUUUUUUCUUUUCUCCUUCUCCUACCAACCCUGAUUGGUUCCUCAAUUAGUUUCAUUUCUCGGUUCCUGUUAAUUAAGGGAUAGGUUGAAUUCCACCCUUCACUCACAGGGAAUCUGUUGAUCCAAUCUGUGUAGAGCUUGUGGGGUUCUGUAGAUGUGGUGUCCGAUUGCGAUUAUACCUCCCUGGUUUUCAUUGAUUUCUUUGAAUUGAGGAUUAUGAUCUCUCAGUAGGUUUCAUGGAACCGUGAAGUUUUGGACUUUUUUCUGUCAGCUACAAGGACUCGAACAAUGGCUACUGCUGAAGCGAUUUUCCGAACUGGGUUGCCGCGGCUUCAUCAUUUCGAUCCUUCGUUUAAUUGUUCAAGCUCGCUCCUUUCUGUAAAUCCCGCCGAUGGUCGCUCCAGAAGAAGCAGGAGGAAUCAUGGUUCCAAAGCUUUAGUAAAAUGCCCUGCCAAGGUUCACGCACGACGAGGGAACACUGAUGCCCUUUCUUUUGGGAGGAUCAAUAAGUUCGCUGGAAGACAGGAUUCUAGCAGAUGCAAAUGCCAGCAGCAGUCGGAAACUUUUGGCAGCGAUGGUGGUAGUGGAGGGAUGUCAAUUCCUGUGUUUGACGUUAAUGGUGGUCAGGAGUUUGCACUGCAGCAGCAAUUAAAACCAGAAAAUGGAAACGUUGCGGUAGGGGGAAAUGGUGCAUUGAUGGAUGGAAAUGGAACAGCUACAACUACUACAGAUGGCCAACCGAAGGGUUCUUCUUCGAAUCCAAUUGAGGAUGAAGCUUGGGACUUGCUUCGUGCCUCUGUUGUUUACUACUGUGGUAACCCUAUUGGAACCAUUGCUGCUAAUGACCCAAACAGUAGUACUGUAUUGAACUACGAUCAAGUCUUUAUUCGCGACUUCAUUCCUUCUGGAAUUGCGUUCCUUUUGAAAGGGGAGUAUGAUAUCGUGAAGAACUUCAUUCUUUACACUCUUCAAUUACAGAGUUGGGAGAAAACCAUGGAUUGUUAUAGCCCUGGUCAAGGGCUAAUGCCAGCUAGUUUCAAGGUUCGAACUGUUCCUCUUGAUGGUGAUGAGGAUGCCAGUGAAGAAGUAUUAGAUCCUGAUUUUGGUGAAGCUGCAAUUGGUCGUGUUGCACCAGUUGACUCUGGAUUAUGGUGGAUUAUACUCUUACGAGCUUAUGGAAAAUGCUCGGGCGAUCUCUCGAUGCAAGAGAGAGUAGAUGUACAAACUGGGAUCAAAAUGAUUUUGAAACUGUGUCUUGCCGAUGGCUUUGAUAUGUUCCCAACUUUGUUGGUCACGGAUGGUUCUUGUAUGAUUGAUCGGCGCAUGGGAAUUCAUGGGCAUCCUUUAGAGAUUCAGGCCCUCUUUUAUUCAGCUCUACUAUGUGCACGUGAGAUGCUUGCUCCAGAGGAUGGUACAUCUGAUCUCAUUAGGGUCCUCAACAACCGUCUGGUAGCCUUGUCAUUCCACAUCAGAGAAUAUUACUGGAUUGACAUGAGAAAACUGAAUGAAAUAUACCGUUACAAAACCGAGGAGUACUCUUAUGAUGCGGUCAAUAAGUUCAACAUCUACCCAGAUCAGAUUCCUCCCUGGUUGGUUGAGUUCAUGCCCAGUAAAGGAGGCUACUUGAUUGGAAACCUGCAGCCUGCUCACAUGGACUUCCGCUUCUUCUCUCUGGGGAACUUGUGGUCCAUAGUGAGUAGUCUUGCAACUGUGGAGCAGUCUCAUGCUAUAUUGGAUCUGUUUGAAUCGAAAUGGGAAGAUUUAGUGGCUGAGAUGCCUUUCAAAAUCUGCUACCCUGCUCUUGAAGCCCAAGAAUGGAGGAUCAUCACGGGCAGUGAUCCAAAGAACACACCCUGGUCUUACCAUAAUGGUGGUUCUUGGCCAACUUUGCUUUGGCAGCUCACUGUGGCAAGCAUCAAGAUGAACAGACCGGAGAUCGCAGAAAGGGCAGUUGAGCUUGUCGAGAAGCGGAUCUCCAGAGACAAAUGGCCGGAAUACUACGAUACCAAGCGAGGGAGAUUCAUCGGAAAGCAGUCGAGGCUGUUCCAAACUUGGUCGAUUGCUGGGUACCUGGUAUCGAAGCAGCUUCUUGCCAACCCUGAUUCAGCAAAGAUUCUGGUGAACGACGAGGAUUCCGAGCUCGUGAAUGCCUUGUCUUGCAUGAUCGGUGCCAACCCUAGGAAGCAGCGUGGCAGGAAAGCAUUCAAGCAGCCAUUCAUUGUAUGAACGAAUGCCUAAUAGCUAGGUAGUGGAUUUGUAACAGGAGGAUCCAGUUUGUCAUGUUUAUGGGGAGCAAACUGAUCAUGAAUCGGGGGGAGAGUUCGUUAUGUCAUUAGGUUUGUUUUAAAAGGUUGUAUUGUUUCAACCCGGUGUAGGUUACUGACUGUAAAUAUUCUGCAUUCAUUUUGGGAUAGGAUAGUUAUGAGUUUGGUUAUAACACUACUGUAAAUUUGCCAAAUUCAUGUGUUGAAGAAGUAAAUUUACAGCCUGUGAAAACUUUUCCGGAACUACUCUUUUGAUUAUGAUAUGCUUAGGAAUUUGGAUUUUCUUUUUCUUUUUUACUAUGCUAAGGUUAGACACAUUGGCAGCAUUGCACCAUUCACUAAAGCUCAGACAAGUUUAUUAGUCAAUCUAGUGGAAUAUUAUAGUUUGUCUGAAGAGAUUAGAUAAUUUUAAAUUGUCUAUGAUAGAUGAGUAAUAUAAUGAUGUAGGAAUUAGGAAACGAGUAAUACCAACUAAAGGAGAUCGUGAGAUUUGGUAAUCAUUGACGAGUUAUGGAAUGAGGUGGUAAUCAAGUAAUAGAAACGUGGAAACUAGGUCAAUGGACGAGAAGAGAUAGAACAAGAAACAAUCAUGAAUCGAAGAGCAACAAAAACUAUACAACAAGAAAUUAAGCAGGAGAAGUUACAGCGAACAACAAAACUUAAAUACGAAACUGAGCCGGUAAGGUAGCAAAAAAAAUUUGGACCAUUUCUCGAUUUAUGCGUGUCAUCCUUGCGCAGGGGCCAUGCUAAUCUUCUCUGUAUCGUUCCAAUUUUAUCGGAUGUCCCCGAAGGGACAGCAUAGUCAGUGAAACUUGAAUUAUAUAAACAUUGGCUGAAUGCCAUCGUUAGCCGAUGUGGUAGAAGAAUAAGAAGUUGGGCCUUGUGUUUCGAAAGCCCACAACUGAAAUCGUAUAGCAAAAGUGUAGCUAACUAAAGAGUAUCCAAAAUCGAUAUAGGAAUCGACCCUCGAAUAAACGAAAGCCCAUACAGAUGACAAAAAAGAAAUUCGCAAAUUCUGG